AUGACAGAGGAUGUGUCCACAAACGAAGGUACAUCUAUCAUCAAUUUAUCCUUCAUCGACGGCGUAUCUCUAUACUGCUGUGGCACACCGAUAAUCAACGGAUCAAAAAUUGUAUGUCCAUACGGUGAUAGUUUUGAGAUUGACGACGGGACUAUUCUGGCAGGGUAUGCGGCACUUGCAAAUGUCACCUCUUUAGAUGCAGUAUCGACUUCAUCCAACCUUUCAUCAAGCUCAAAUUCAACGUUCUCAUAUUCAACCUGCUCAGAUUUGUCUUCCUGUCACGACGUGGCUAUUGGGGCUGGAGUCGGAGUGCCAUUGGGUAUCAUUGCACUCGCAGCGUGUGCAUGGGCAUUCUACGAGAGAUCACGGGCCAAUCUGAUGUUUUUUGACAAGAAUAAAACGAAGACGCAGGAGCACGAAAUGGCUGGUUCUGUAUCAUAUUCGGCUAUCAAAACUUCCACACCUGGGCUCACGGAGUUGGACACUGGUGGUCAACAUACACCAGAACUGAUGGCUAGAGAGUGA